CGCACGCUACGCGAAUCCCGCCGCGAAACGCUCGCCUGCCUACGCCGCGAAUCCUGCCGCUACCGCACGCCCGCCCGCGAGAACCGCCUCCGCAACACCCUUCCCCAAACCCAUUCUCCCCACGCGCGGCGCCUCCGCAACAGCAACCGCCGCGCCCGAGCCCCUCCACCAUGUCCCAUUCCCACCGCUACCAAUGGCGCCCGAGCCCGAGCCCAAACCCACGCGCUGCGGCGGCCGAGAUCCUGCCUUCAACGACGCGAACCCCAUCCCCCACGCGCCGCGGCGGCCGAGAUCCCGCCUUCAACGACGCGAACGCCAACGGAGCCCGAGCCCACCUCGCCUUCAACGCCCCUGCCUCCCUCUUUCUCCUCCUCCCCCGCAUGCUUCCACUGCUUCUCUCCAGCGGCGCCGCCACCGUCCCUCUCGCUCCAGCGAGAUCCAGAUCCGGCGCGGCUCAGAGUGGCAACGCGCCGCAACCGCGGCCGCGCCCCACACGUGCCCUAUCCAACCACCAUGGAGCUCUUCCCCAUCCAUCCACCACGCCGAGCGGGAGGUCGAAGUGCGAGCGCUGGCCGACCAGGCGGCCCACAUAGAGGCCGAGGCGCGGGCCGUCGCGUGCAAGAAGGUCUUCCGCUCCUACCAGGCGCUUGGCGGACACCGCGCCAGCAACGUGCGCGGCGGCAGAGGCGGCUGCUGCGCGCCUCCCGUGGCUCCUCCGGCCCCACCCCCGCAGCCCCAGCCGCCGCUGUCGCCAUUGCCGGAGCACCGUGACGGAGGCGAGGACGAUGACAUGAACGCAAAGCAGCAGCCGCGCGAGUGUCCCCACUGCGGCCGCGUGUUCUUGGGGCAGGCUCUCGGGGAGCACAUCAUGCAGUCCCAUGUGUGCGCCUCGUCGCCGCUUGCCGGCACCGCCACCGCCUCCACCACCUCAGCCGCCACUCCUGCGUCACCGACCAACAGUCCCUCCAUGAUCGAUCUGAACGUGGCGCCGCAGUCCGAGGAGGUGGAGCACUCUGCCGUGUCAGAUCCCCGCUUCAAUCCAGGUGCCUGAAGCUGAAGCAGGCAGAUCAGCGCCCUCAUUCUGGAUAGUUCCGUUGCUCGGAGGUGAUUCUAGGUGAGCAUCGUCAGGGGGAGAUAAAGGUAAAAAAAUAAUAAGAAGAAAACAGAGUUGAAGAGAAGAAGCAUCUUUUGUAGGUUAUAAAUGUAGCUUCCUUAAGUUUUCCAAUUCCAUUGAUCAGUGAUUACAAUGUUCUGCCGUUGCUGUUAAUUUCGUUUUCUGUUCGAAGCUACUGGAUUAUAUGGAAUACAUAUAUUAUAUAGAUUGUUAGUACGAGCAGCUGGCAAAGCUGGCUCCGGUUCUUGGAAACAAAUCAGCAAUGGGGGAAAGAGGUAGCUUAGCCAUAGCUUUCUGUUGCAUUCUCGGAGUGCUAUUGCCAUCCAUCCUGACCAGAGUCCCAUGGAAUAUCCAUGGCAUUCGCUGCAUUGAACGCUACUUCGCUAGCAUCAGCAGAAGCAAAAAGCUCCGUGGAUUAUAGCAAUGUAGACGAAGAGGAGGAGCAAGCAGCUAGCUGCUUGCUUUUCCACUGAAAGAGCCACAGAAGUACGUUAUGCACUUAUUAUUUUUUUAUAUUUCUGUCCUUUUGGUUAUGCACUUAUGCAUGCUUAAAGCAACAGAAGUACGUUACAUUGAGAUAAUAUGUUUGUUUGAAUAUUUCACUGACCUGCAUCAUAUAUGUAUCCUAUGUGUUAUUGUAUCUUACCUUGUACUUGCAUGGAUCGAUCUGAUUGUUUACCGUUUUGAUAUAGCAUAUGGUCAGUUAAUAGCGAGCUUAAGCUUGUUCCAAUUCCAAUCAUUUUCAUUUUCUUUUCCAGGUUGAGCUUUCUCUUGAAGCUGCAAAUUUAGCACAGGGAAAUGCAACUCUAGGAAUAAGUGACUCUUCAGCAGUAUCUGCAACAAGAGCCAGGGCACUGGCUGAGGAUGCAUUUUUCCAUCCAUCCAUUAUGUCAAUCAGUUAUGCUUCAGUAGAGCACUAUUUCGCCAUUUACAUGCCAUUUUUCGCACCAGUUUCCUUGCAUGUGCUGCUGGCGGCAAUCAAAGAGCUGAAACGUUACAAGGCAGAGCGAGCAAAAUAUUCGGCAUUUCUUGCUUCCCAGGCGACAUCCUCCUGAUCUGGUGGUGAUUAGGGUUUAGGGUUUAGGGUUUAGGGUUUAGGCAAGUACUACGAGAAGAAGGGGCUCAUCGCUGAAGCUUGGGAAUCCUUCAAUCGACCCAGACCAUGCCAUGAGUCAUCUUUGUUGACCUUACCCCCACCUCUUAGCGAGAGAAUUCUUGUGAUUUUCUUGAUUUUUGUUGUUCAUGUUUGAUGUCACUAAUUUUAUUUGUUGUUGUUGUUGUGCAGAUUUGAGAUCGAGCGAAGCUAAGCUUUUCAUCAAGAUGGCGCUUGUAAGUGUUUAUUCAAUUAGUAGUUGUUUAAGUAGCCUCUAUCUCUUACUUUUUUAUAUGCUAGAGGUGUGUUUAAGUUGAUUGCAUUGGUGAGAUUAUUUUAUUGUAGUUUCGACUUGUGGUGUGGCAUGUCAUGAUGGCCUCAAAUCAUCAGUGUUACAGGUGGCCACCACAAGCGAGGGGUCUGCUUCAACUUCUUGACAGAGACAGAUCGGAGGCUUUCUUGGCAAUGGAAAGUUUUGUUGGUAGUAGUAUUAGCUUUAUAGGGGGACAUGUCAUUAGGGUUGAUCUUGUGCUUUUGAGGCCUUGCUUACAGGCACGGUACUACUGAAAUAGUUAGCAAAAGAUGGCAAUACUGAUGUAAUCCAGAAUGUAGCAGUACAUAUCAACUGCCGUCUUAGUUUCAGUUCAUGAAGUGAAUAAUGCAUACCAAACUAUGUCCCAGUUCAAAGCAUCUAGAACAGUGAAGUAUUAUGUCUGUCGCGUUUUCUCA